GGUUUGACUAGUGCUCCUUGGGUUGGGCAUCAUUUUGUAGAGCUCCCUCUCUCUCUCUCUCAUCUUUUGCCCACUUUUCCUCUCCCAAAAAAUCCUUCUUCCCUUUCCUUAUUUGUAUUCAUUGGACUUGUUUCAAGGGUUUUGUUGUUCAUCAAAAUCAAACCUCACAAUUUGUCAAACAGAUUGCAACAUCGCAACUUCUGUGAAUUGUUAAUUGCUUGAAAAUUGGCAGAUCCAAGCCUAAUCAGUAAUCACAAACACCUCUGCAUCAGUACUUGAGUUGAAGUUGAUGAGAACCAUUGUUUCUCAGCACAUAUAAGAUCUCUGGUUGCAGCUUAAAUAAUUGAUGAUAAGAUGGGAUGUUUCACAGUUUUGAAGAGUAAGAAGAAAUACGAGCAAUCCGCUUCUUUCAAACAUGUCAGCCAUCCGACCAAUACACCUACGACACUGCCCGAACCACAAGUCCACACUCGUGCUUUGCAGUCUGCACCUCCAAGUUUUAGAACCAGAGGGAAACCUGUUCAGCCAAAUAAUAAGGUUACCAACAAUAGGACACGAGCAUUGUCUGCUCCAUCAAGCCUCAUUGCACCAGAACAAGAUCCUCUCACAUCAGUUGAAUGUGAAGAACAAGAAGAGCCCAGGAGUAGGAUGGGAUCAAUGAAGGAACAUCGGUCGCCAAGUCCUCAACCACUUCCCCUUCCAGCACCUCAAAGUGUUGUUGCUUUCAAGACUAUGGGAAGUUUUAAAGUUGGGAAUGCAAGUGGCCCUCUCAAUACCUCUGGACCACUGCCAUUGCCUCCCACACUGCCUCAUAUGGGAAUACUCCGGAACUUUUCAUAUGAUGAAAUUGCAGCUGCCUGCCAGAGUUUCUCUCCUGAGCGGUGUAUGUCAGAAGGUCUCUCUUCCGUGAUAUUUAGAGCUUCCUUUGGGGAUGAUGCUUCUGGAUCAAAAAAACUUGAAGCCACUGUUACUCGCCUUCACCCUUCCACGCAGGGUUUGAAGGAAUUCAUAAACGAAGUGAAUACACUCGCAUCUUUACAACAUUCCUGCCUCUGUAAAUUGAUUGGUUUCCAUGCACGUGAGGGGUCAGAACAAAGGAUGUUAGUUUAUGAGCGGCUUUUUCAUGGAAGCUUAGACCGACUGUUGUAUGGAAGAUCAGACGGUCCACCCGUAGAUUGGAAUGCCAGAAUGAAAGUUGCUUUAUCAGCUGCCCAAGGUCUAACUUUCUUACAUGAGGAAGGGCCUUUCCAGGCGAUGUUCCAUGAAUUUUCAACUGCCAAUAUUCAGAUUGACAAAGACUUUAGUGCAAAGCUUUCGGGAUAUGGUUGCAUUACCCCCAUUCCGGAGGCCGAUAUUCCCAGUGGUUCGAGUGCACUGGCAAACCUUUCAAUAGAAACCCUGGAAAGGAGGUUAGUCACUCCCAAGAGCAAUGUUUGGAGUUUUGGGAUAGUGCUACUGGAAUUGCUUACGGGCAGGAAGAAUCUUAACAGCCGCCAUCCCAAGGAAGAGAGGAACUUAGUUAAGUGGAGCCGACCAUUCCUGGCUGAUGAUUCGAGAUUGUCACUGAUUAUGGACCCUCAGCUGAAAGGUCGCUUCCCUGCCAAAGCUGCCAGGACAGUGGCUGAUAUCGCUCAAAGAUGUCUUCAGAAGGAUCCAUCAGAAAGGCCCACCAUGAGAACGGUUGUGGAGCAUCUCAAAAUCAUACAAGACAUGAAGUAUACCAGUCGGUUUCCACUGCAAGAUCCAGGAGCAAUCAGUGGAAAACAUAUGUCAAGGUCUCCAAGCCUUAAUGGGAUCAUUAACCCAGCCCCCAGGUUAAGUUUCUCUCCUUCUAGACCAGCAGCCAGACCAUCUAUUUCUCCGACAAGGCCGCUGGCACUGCCUAUGUCUCUUCCUCUACAAACUUGUUCCUCCACUCUUUCUUUGGAGGAAAUGGAACGGCAGGGAAACCAGAAAUCACCGUCUUCUACUGUUCGAAGGUCUAGUGUUGAAGGAUUUUGAUUGUUAAUAGAGAGCAUUUUUUGUUUUCAUUUCUUCAUAGUUUUUGCAAUGAUCUCACAUGAUGCAUAUAGAAGAUAUAAAAUUACAUUACUCCACCUUCCCAUGCGUCUGUAUGAUGAUAUGGGGGGGGGGGG